AUGGGCAUAAUAUCACUUCAAUGUCUCACCAUCAACGGCACACGACUGGUCGGCAUGUCGUACACACACUCACUCAAGGACAGCGACAACAUGCAAGACAACUAUGUCGCCAUCGUCCAGUCAAACGAGAACCCAACCUCCAUCAACAACAUGUCCUGGUCCCUUAUCGCUGCCUGGCCUAGAGAGAUGUACUACCCACAAGAUUACUCGCCCAUGGUCUGUCAUGUCAACCAACAGACUGGGGUCUUUACCAUGAUGUCUGCCUUCAACCUCACCGACCCCAACUAUAUACCCGAUCCGUCAGUCCCUCAGAGACCUUCAGGGGGGUUCCAAUACGACCCACAAACCUCACUCUGGACCAAUUUUAGUCUCUCGCCAGACUACCUUUGGGGGGACGUGACGGAUAGUUUUGCAGUCUUUGAAUGGCCGGGCACAACGACACUUGUGCAAGCGAAUGUUGGAACCACGAAUGCUGUCGCCCUGGGUGUUAUGAGCAAAGAUGCAAAGGGUGUGCCCCAGUUUGUUAAUGCUCUCAACUGGACUCUCGACCCGUUGACGCAUGGAUACCCAACUCGGCUUGUCUACGGAAACAAUGUCCUCUACCAGUUCGGAACCGUCCUCGCCAACAACAGGACAGGACAACUCAACACAAUCUUGACAAGGAUACCUCUCUCCGGCAGCCUCGACUCUUUCAUGCCACCAGACGACCUCCCGACAUACAGCGCGUCUAGCAUGUCCGACUGCGCUCCCGGCUACCUCUCGACCUCCUUCUACAAAGAUAUUUUGUAUGUAUUCUGUCAGGGCGCCGACGGACCCAUCGGACCAGGACCAGGGAUCGUCAUGAGGUUCAAGGACGGGCCUACCUUUCGGGACAAGGCACUCUCUUCUUUGAACCAGACCGACAUUGACCGGUUAUCUGGAGCUGCGAUUCAGCCCAUUGGUGGAAAUACUCCUGAGGCACCGGACCCGUUUGCAUUCGUCGUCAACGCGCCGGGAACCUGGCCAGUUCAGAGCAUAUACCUAGGGGAAACCGUAUUUGGCGACGGGAGCUGGUCCGAUUACAACAUCAACAUUACAGCAUCUUAUGGGGACAUAGAAACCGACCGUCCAAAUCACACUCCAGCAAUCAUUGGUGGAUCUAUUGCUGGUGGGCUGGUGGCGAUAGUACUCAUCCUGUACUUUGUCAUCCGGAAACGAUGGCCCGCAUGGCGCAGGAAACUGGGGACCAGGAUUCUCGAGGCGAUGAUGAAGGACGACCAACUGGACGGAUCGGACAAGGACUGUAUCAACAAGAUCGAGCACCCAUCGCCGUCGACUGAUCUGGACGGCAGGGACAAGAUCUUGGUGACAGAGGAUAUGGAGGAGCACGGGGUUGAUGUUUCGACAGGGUAUAUGAGGGAGAUUGGACUCGAGCACCAUCCACGGCCGAAAAUUACCACCACAAUGGCGGGAUCUGACAGCGAACGCGAUACGUCUUCGCAACACACCGCCGCCUCUGGAUUUAACAACAGGACGAUAGGAAAUUCGGUUUUGUUGACGUCUACGCCAACUACAUCGCCCUAUGGCCAGGACUAUGAGCUGACCGCCCAGCAACCGCGGCAGCCCCCUAUUACCAUAAGCACCGCCAACAACUCCUCGUCAUCAAUAUGGACAAAGUCUGUACCACCUCUCCCAAAAACCCACCAACAACAAUUCAGCCAACACCCGACUGCACCUUACAUUUAUACCCAUUCACACCCGUCUCUGUCACCACUUGACCCCCCACCAACUGGAUUCUCGCCAAUACCCUUCCGAUCCACAGGAAGUCCCCCUAUCCCGUCUUCGAUUUCUUCAAAAGAACACGAGGCGUGGUCUCAAGUCCAUGGAACCUCUGACUCUGCACCACCCUACAGUCAGACUCCCGAGGAGUAUUCUCACUAUAAUUUGACCUACCGCCCUUCCUCUUCAUGUUCGUCUUCGGCAUCGUCAUCCUUGAUGGUGCAAAGGCCGGUCGCGUUCCCUAUCACCCCCGUCCCUUCCGCACCUUCUGCCGUCGACAUGCCUGAUCAUCAAUCCCCGGGACAACAAUCUGUAGAGCUUAUGCCUGAACCGAUUCCUAGAGCACCUCAAGCCAUUUGCAUACAGAGUCCGGCGGCAUCGAACUCUUUCACUUCGCUGGGGUUCACUGCGGGUGUUUCUCGCCGGAUGCGGCGUAGCUUCUGA